CAAGAUCGCUGGCGGUGCAAUUCAGAUUACGAACGUGAUUAUUCAAUAUUUGAUGUUAGUAAAAAUGUCGCGAACUUGACACGGCUAGCAUGUGUCCGUACGUGGCGAUUGUCGCAUUUGCGAUGGUCGAGUUGAUGACGUGCGCUCCUCCGCCGCUCCGAGUGACAAUUGACUGUGGAUCUGACGAGGAUCCUGCACAAAUCUCCAAUUCAAGGUCAGCUGAGUUAUUUAGAAGUAAUUCACAUUUUGACGUUGAUUCCUUCUGCAAUUUGAUUCACAACGCAAUUCCUCAAGUGGUUAAAGAUGGGAAGAUUGUCGUCGAACAAGAUCUCGACCAGGACGGCCUGGGUGAUUCCUUAGCCCCGGUAGCCAUCGCUCCACCCAGUGGCUUCAUACCUAAAUUAGGAUUUCCGAAAUUAAAACCUCCGAGGCUAAGAACACCAAUGUUGAAUGUACCAAAGCUGAGACCUUUUCAGGGAGCUUUGAAACCGCCUAAAAUAGGAUCUCCAAUGUCAUUUCGUCCCUUGAGAUAUGAAGAGCAAUCGAGUGCAGAAAGAUUGGAAAAGUUUAAAAAGGGUGUUCAGAAAAUGUUACAUUUCGUGAAAUUUCUAGGAAAGAUAGAUCAGUAUUUAUCGGAGAGGACAAGAAUUGUUAUUGAUAAGUUAACGAAGACCUUUGUUGACUGAUUUAUUUGUAUCUGCUUUAGCAAUUUUAUUUAUACAGUUUUUGAACUGUUUACACCAAGAACAUUUUUUAGGCAAUUGGUAUGACGAAACUA